AACGUAUACGCCGUGUUGUACGCUCUGUAAAUGCGUGUGUGCGUGAAUAGAAGCAAACUGACAACAGCGGAUACACUUCGCUUGGCCAACAUCCAGUGGCUGCUAGUCGUGCGUAUUCAUUCGAGUUUGCUGGACCUGAGACAGGCCGAGAUAACAAAAGAUAUCAUUAACGAAAAGUUCAGAGAAAUUAAAAACAUAAAAACGAUAAAAGUAAAUUGUGUGCAAUAAGGUGUGUAUUGUGUGGGUGCGGAAGCGGUACAGAGUAAAAGUGGAAAAUAGCAAAACGGCAAAUUAUGUACAUACGUAGAAAUAAACGUGAAUAAAAAGAAAGUAUAUAAAAAGAAAAACUUCGAAAAAUUGUACCGAAGCAAAUUACUUUUUCGUUGUUUCCCGUUAUUCGUGUAUGCAGCCAUGCUGGGUAAUAUUUGACAUUUGCUUUGCGAUGCGUGGGAACUAAAGUGAUACAGAAGUGUAAAUAUUUUAAUUUAUAAAUCAUAUCACUAAAGUAAUUAAUAAGUAAGAUUGCGCUGUAUUCACAUAUGUAUGUAUGUGUGUAAUUACAACACCGCACCGCCCUCGUGCUAAAUUGUACAAGCUUGCUUCGUGUGAUUUCGCGUGCCUAAAAUAAAUAGCACGCCACCUACAGCCGCAGUAGCAGCAUUAAAGCAGUGAAAUCCUUAUUAAUUGCACACACAUAAUACAACAAUAAACCACAAUGUGCACUAUAACAACAAAAACAAAUGUAUAGUUGAACUCUAUUAAGCACAACAAAUAACUGCGGGCAAAAUUGAUUGCAGUCGUUGGCUUAACGAACGCAUUUGCUGCAGUUGUUAUUACUAAAUACAUACAUAUAUGUGCUUAUAUAUUAUAUGUACAUAUACCCAUAUAAAAAUAACCGAGUUUGUUUGUGCUUUAAACUACAUAUUUUCGCUUCCUUCCAACUUCCUGCUCAUUGCGUGCCUCGUGAGACUCUGGGUGUGAAAGCAGCAAAUAUACCGCAACUGUUGGGAUUUCGUGUGCAUUCACGGGAAAUGGAAAAUUAUAAAGCAGCAACGCCUGUAAUAAACAUGUGAAAUAUUAAUAAACCACACAAAAAAAAAGAAAAACAAAAAAAAAAUAGAGAAGGAAGAAACUUCAAAAGCACGUAGCGGCAGUGAAUGUUAAGCUGCUGACAAUGUAAUUUAUGGAGCAACCAGAGUGUCAGUGAAAUAUUAAAAAAAAACGAAUAACUGAAAUUUGUAUAACCAACAUAGUUACAAAAACAACAACAGGAAUUGUCAACAAAAACGAAAAAAAAAUCUUGUGUCCUUUAUCAUAUCCGCAAAAAGUAUCAUUCGUGCCGGAAAAAUUGAAAAUUUCACACCAAAGUAACUAAAAACGCACAUGUACGUGACACAAAAAAGUUACCGUAAUUAUGUUGAACGUAUUCAGUGACACCUUUGUGUCAGCUACGUGGCCUUAUGCCGCACAUACCAUGUGGCAAACAAACUAGUCACGCGUGCCUACAUAUCUAGGGAGUGCAUAAAGGCAAAAAAAAAAAAUAAUAAUAAAAAAUCAAAAAAUAAAAACAAACAAAACCAACGGUUUUAUGUAGAACAUGUGCAAAGUGGACGUAAAAUAACUAUUACAUAUAACGUAUAACCGAAAAAUAAAGAAAAUGUGCCGUUAUACUACGUCCGUUACAAACACUUUGACGGUUAUAUGUGCACGCCUGUUGCUGGCCUAAUUUUUAUGACGUACGCGUGCAGAGCCACGGAGCCAUAAAUUCAGCUUCCGGCGAGGACGGGAAAAAAGACAACAAAAAAGGAGAAAAAGCAACAAAAAGUCAACAAAAAAUCCGGCAACAGCUGGCGUUUUAAUAAGUGGAGCAACAACAACAGCAAAGCGGCGGAAAUAAAUGAAUAAGUGUUUCAUAAAGCAAGCGGCAAAGGCAAUGAGCCAUAGUGAUCAAAGAGAGAGAGAUGAAGAGGAGAGCAUAAAAAAGAGACAAUUAAAAACAAAUUUAGUAAAAUAUUAAAAAUAAUUGCGAGCAACAGAAAUUGAAAAGAAAAGUUGUAUUUUAUUGUGGGAAAAGAGGCAGCGAAAAUGUUACGGCAUAUACUAAAAAAUACCGUUAUCUGAUUUCAAAAUCAAAAUUAAAGCUUGAAAAUUACAAUAAAUAAACUGAACUCCAAGAACAGCUCAACUGCUCACAACAUUAUCGACUGAGAGAACUUUUAGAUAGCAUACCCAUAUUGACAGAGAGAAAGAGAGAGAAAGUGGAAAAGUAAAGAUCAUUGAGCGUACCAAACAAAGUUGGAUUUAAGCAAAACCUCGGCUCUCCCAGUGAGCGCACUUCAUAUUAUCGACCAUUAAACCUACUGUUUGCUACUCAAGAAAUCUCAUAAGGAGAGAGAGAUAGAGAGAGAGGAAGGGAUAGAUAUUGAAAGGGAGAUAUAUACCAUUUUGGAGCUACAACUUUAUAUCUUUCUCCCAUACCUUCCCGCUGUGCCAACCCAUUGUCCAUCAUUAUCGCUUAAGCGUGUCUUCACAGCCUCCCCGCUCACCCAACGUGGGCGUUUAGUAUGCAAAAGAAGCCACCUUUGCCGUUGACGGCAUUCAUUGGUGGUCCCACAUUGAUACAUCCCUCACAAUCGGCGACUAGUUCGAGCAGUAGCAGCAGCAUUGGCAGUGGCAUGUGCUUUCCUAGCAGUAAAGGAGGCAGUGGUGGUGGUGGUAGUGGCGGAGGAGGUGGCUCUGGUAGUGGUAGUGGCAACGGUGGUGGUUCAAGUGAGAAACAGCGCAGUAGCGGCGGACUGUGUGGCUGUAGUAAGGCGCCCAAGUCACAUUGCAUAUCGGCGACAGGCGUUCUCCUGCUCGUCCUCAUCUACACAGCUAUGGGCUCAAUCAUUUUCGUCACACUCGAAGGUGAAUUGGAAGAUAACAGUUCAUUGGAGACAGCAGUGGCGGCAUCAAAAAAAUUUCCACGUACAGAACUGGCCAAUGAGCAAAUACGAUCGCGCACUGUGGAUCGUUUAUGGUCGAUUACAGAAGAUUUGAAUAUUUUAUACAAAGAAAAUUGGACACGUCUCGCCGCACAGGAGGUGCAACAUUUUCAGGAGACUCUACUACGCGCCGUACGCCAAUCACAAAUCCAACAGCCGGGCGAACAAAUGAAUCCACCCACACACAAGUGGACUUAUGCCUCGGCGUUUCUAUAUUCAUUAACAUUAAUUACAACAAUAGGUUACGGCGGUAUCUCGCCCCGUACGCAGUGGGGCCGCAUUGCUGCCCUCUUCUACGCGCUUUUCGGCAUACCCAUCGUGUUGCUCUACCUAUCGGCCAUGGGUGAGGGCCUCUCAGCCGGCAUGCGUUGCCUCUUUCGCAAAGCGCGUUCAAAAAGCGCCGUCAGCAAUGGCUCUGGCGCUGGCAAUGGAGGUAGUGGAGGUGCAGGCUCCAAUAGCGGCAACGGUAAAUUACCACCAAAUGACAGUGGCAAGGGAACGAACAAACAUUAUCAUCACAGUAGCAGCGGCGGCGGUGGGAGUGGGAAACUACAUCCCGUACAUCACUACGGUUUGCCCAAGCACGCUUAUCAUCACAGUGGCGCGCUGGGUAUGGGUGGCCAUGCCUCCUCACACAGCCCCAGCGUGCCAAUUUCCAUAUGUGUAAUGGUCCUCGUCUGCUAUGUCACCUCGGGCGCGGUGCUCUUUCAUAAAUUACAAAACUGGACAGUUUUGGAGGCGCUGUACUUCUGCUUCACUUCUCUGGGCACCAUCGGUUUUGGCGAGUUGGCGCCCACCGGCAAUCUCACACUGUACCUAGCCUCCGCAUAUAUAUUGGUCGGCAUGGCGGUGGUGGCCAUGUGCUUCAGCCUUAUACAGACAGAGAUUGUCAUGUGGCUGCGCAAGUUCAGCGUUCAGGACCACGUAAUGCCGCAGGGUGAGGAUGUUGCGCUCGUCUCAGUCGCGGUUACGCCGAAAUCUUCCUGACAACGACCGGCCGCCGAGUUAUUGGCCAUGGGCGGCGGUACUGGCGGCAAUAAUGGCAGCACUAACGUGCCCACACCGCUCGUUGGCUUUGGCGGCAACACACUUGGUCAUCAUCAGACCAUGUUUUUCGGUCCGGCGCAUACGCUUACCCAGUACAGCUCGUUACCGCGCCGUUCGGCUGGCUCGGCUUUUCAACGCAACACGCCCAUACGGCGCUCCACUGGCAUACCCGAACACCACAUGGAGUACUUCGUGCCGCGCAGCAUAAGUGAGUUUAAUUUGUCGGGCGUGGGCGACUUGGCGCUGCCACCACCACGUCGUUACUCACCCACCAUACAACACGGUGGCAUGGGUGGCAUGACUGGCAUGACUGGAAUGCCUGGUAUGGGUGGCAACGGUCUGCCGCAUGGCCUACAGCUUGGCCCGCCACAGACGUUAAUCUGCACUGGUCAACCACCGCCACCGCAGCAGAUGCAGAUUAUGAUGAAGCCACGUGAGAAGAUGGUCACCUUCGAGGACGAGUCGAAAGCGAUGAACGUGACAGCGUCAACUGGUGUGAGUACAUCAAAUGCCAGCACAGCGACGCAUUGUCCACACGGUGUGCCGACGACACCACGUAAGGUGGGUGGCAUAAUUGGUGGCAGUAGCGGCGUCGGCGCAGGCGAUGUUUUCAUGUGACGAGAAUCGCUGAGGU